AUGUUAUUUCUCAGUGCCUUAGCGAUCGGAGUGAUAACUGGGCUUCAAAAUGGUACAUUACAGUUGACGGCAACGAACAGUGACAUCGCUGCGCCAACUCCUGCCAUGGGUCUGGCAGAGACUUCGAAAGUACCUGAAAAUAAUGAAUUCGUGAAUGUAACAAUUCAGGAAAGACCCUCGAUGUGGGAUCUAUACUUAAACCAUUGUCCACGCUGGAGGCCAGUUAAUCACGUAUUUUUUCAAGUGUCAAAUGUGUUCUUUUUGCUAUCCUUCCUGGCACCUCAUACUCCUGGUGGCCUAAUCUGGUUGCGUGUAGCUCUUAUCCUCGGCUGCACUUUCUCUGGUCUUUGGGCUUGGAGUAUUGAGUGCUAUUUGGAUGCUGUGUUGUGGAAUAGUGCUUUUAUCAUCAUAAAUUUCAUUUACUUUGCUAUACAGUUCUAUUUGAUGAGACCAAUCAAGUUUCAUAAGGAAAUUGAAGAGGUAUACGUUGCCCUGUUCAAACCACUUCGAGUGUCGCGAAGACAAUUCCGACGCGUCCUCAUGUGCAUGCGCAAUGUGAGGCAUCUCAAGUGCCACGAGCUGUAUGCGCACGAAAAGGUCACAAAGGUGGACAGUCUGUCGCUUGUGCUAUCUGGAAAGUUGGUAGUGUCGCAGAACCAACGAGCCCUACACAUAGUGUUCCCGCACCACUUCUUAGACUCGCCCGAAUGGUUUGGCGUAUCGACAGACGAAUUCUUUCAGGUGUCAAUUAUGGCGAUGGAAGAGUCCCGCGUAUUAGUGUGGCACCGGGACAAGUUAAAACUAUCGAUCAUGUCUGACGCGUUUCUGCAGGCUGUGUUCGACCACAUCCUGGGCAGAGAUGUAGUUCACAAGCUGAUGCAGGUGAGUGAAACGAUGGCUGUAAGCAACGGCCACCUGCCGAAUAGCUACGAAGAAGGCGAAGAUAAGCCCAUGCUGAUAGUUAAGAAGGCUGGAGACGGGCCCGGCAUCACUGCGUUGCUUAACAGGCAGUUACAAGCGACGGACCCGAACGCGUGGCGUCUAGGCAGAAUCGAAGAAACAGAUCAUGAGACACCAGUCUGA